UAUUAUACCAGAUAAUACAACUUCAAAUGAAUGGAUGGGGUAUUAGAAUGGGCCCUUAUUCGAACAAAAACACACACACACACUUACUUGUGUGGAAGCACAAACAAGCCCAUACCAUAUGUCCCAAAUGGGAAAUGCAUAGGAAAGUAGCUGAGAAGAGUUUCAGAGAAUGAAAUCAAAGCCAACACAACACUGUUCCUUAGCUUAGCUGUAACCUUAAAUCAUUUUCAACAUAACAACAAACACAAGAAACAACCCCAUAAAAGCUUUCCCGCACUAACUCUUGUCUUUCUCCUACACCAAAAACCCUCCUCACUCUUCUUCUUCUUCUACUUCUCUCUAAUGCACCCAAAUCGUUGCCUGUUCAUCCUCCUUUUCUUGACCCUCUAUGGCUUUCAGGGCUCCUCUUACAAGGCCACAGCACUGGGAGUUAACUGGGGUACCAUGGCCUCCCACCCUCUUCCACCCCCAAAGGUGGUGGAGCUUCUAAAGUCAAACAACUUCACCAAAGUCAAGCUCUUUGACGCUGACCCACUUGUCCUUGAAGCUCUUUCUGGCUCUAAUAUUCGUGUCACCGUUGGCAUUCCAAAUACCAUGCUUAAAAGCUUGAACUCUUCAAAGAAAGCUGCUGAGAGUUGGGUACAUGACAAUGUCACUCGUUAUGUUUCAAAUAGCGGCAGCCGAGUUCGAAUUGAAUAUGUUGCAGUGGGAGAUGAACCGUUUCUUCAAACUUAUGGAGAGCAGUUUUAUCCUUUUGUCAUUGGAGCAGCCAUCAAUGUUCAAAAUGCUUUGCUCAAAGCUAAGUUGGAGAGCAUGGUGAAGGUAGUAGUUCCUUGUAGCUUUGACGCUUUCCUUUCAGAAUCCGAGCUCCCUUCAAAAGGGCAUUUUCGAGCUGACAUUAACAAAACCAUGAUUCAUUUGCUCACAUUUCUAACCAAGCAUAGCUCUCCCUUCUUUGUUACCAUCUCACCAUUCUUAAGUCUCCACCAAAACAAAAACAUUUCUCUCAACUUUGCUCUAUUCAAAGACACUGCAAAAUCUCGUAAUAACAGCCACCGAGCAUACAAAAACAGCUUUGAUUUGAGCUAUGAUACUCUGGUUACGGCUUUGUCAAGUGUAGGAUUCUCCAGAAUCGGUAUUGUUGUGGCACAGAUCGGUUGGCCAACAGAUGGAGCAGCCAAUGCUACCUCGGCCAAUGCAGAAACCUUUACAAGAGGCUUGAUGGAGCACCUUCACAGCAAAUUGGGGACCCCAUUGAGACCUAAAGAUCCACCGAUUGAUACAUACAUACUUAGUCUCUUAGAUGAGGAUCAAAGAAGUAUAGCUGCUGGAAGCUUUGAGAGACACUGGGGUCUCUUCACUUUUGAUGGGCAAGCCAAGUAUCAAUUUGAUUUCGGCCAAGGCUCAAAAAACCUUGUGAACGCACAAAAUGUUGAGUACCUUCCACCAAAAUGGUGUGUGGUGAACAACAACAAGGACUUAUCUAAUGCAAGCGCGAGUGCGUUGCAGGCUUGUUCUUCUGCUGAUUGUACUGCAUUGUCUCCUGGAGGAUCUUGUUCCAAUAUCACUUGGCCGGGGAACAUAUCCUACGCGUUUAACAGUUACUAUCAACAGCAUGAUCAAAGUGCUGCUAGCUGUGACUUUGGUGGGCUAGGAUUAAUCACAACCAUGGAUCCUUCUGUGGGUAAGUGUAGAUUUCCUGUCGAAUUAUGGACAUCUCAUUCUCAUUCUUUUCAGAGGGCAUCUGUUCUUAGGACUACAAUCUUGCUAGUGGCAGCCAUUUUGGUAACGUGAAACCUUUUAGCAUAGAAAAUUGAUUAGUAUAUAAGGGCAUUUUCUAAGUUCAAGGCCCAUUCUUGCAAGGGAGUAUCUAAGUUUUGUGAAGCGAGGAUUAAAUAUUCAUGAUAUCUCCCAUUUGAAGCAACUUUUGAAAUGACAAAAGGAGUUUUGGUGAUGAAACAUCAUUUCAUGUAGUGUAUAUGAAUUUAUGUAUGUAUCCCCUUGAAUUGGUUGGUAUCGUUUUUUAUGAUUGUAAUUCUUUCUUUAUAUUAAAUUGUUUUGGAUUUUACUAUGAAAUUUACAGCCUAAUUUCUCUCUCA